AUGGCGGCCGUGGCUCCUGGGGCCGCAGGCGGCAGGCCCGGGAGCCCAGGCGGCGGCGGACCUGGGGCCACCGCUCUCGGCGCCCAGGCCAACUUCCUCGGCGUCAUCCCGCACGCUUGGGCCGAGGAGAAUGCAGAGGAGGAGACGACCGCGUCCGGCCGGGCCGUCUCCAAGACCUCGGGUGUGUCGCGGCAUGUUGUGGGCACGUUGUCUACCGCCUCCCGGGCCAUCCCCGGAUGCAUGGCGCACUGCGGGUAUUACGCGCUGGCAUUCUUUGCGUAUUGGUUCGGCGCUGCCCGUUUCGACGCGAAUGGGGACGGGGAGUUCGACGCGGCCGACGUCCAGCGCAUGAUCAACGACAUCGGCCUCCACCUGCGGUUCAGCUUCUCUCGCCCAGUCCCGCGAGGGCAUCGCCUGCAGGAGAUGAAGCAGAAUCGGGCCAGGAGGAUCGAGAGUGAGCUUGAGGCCAAGAGGGCGCGCCGCCGGCGGAGCCUCGAUCAGACGCGGGAGCUCAGCGAGGUGGGGAGAGCGCGGGCAUCAAGCGGGAAUCCUUUGGAAGCAGCUGGAGAAGCCAGCAGGUCCUCGAGGUGGAGCGGGAGUUCUGGCUCCUCCGUCAAGUCUGCGCUGGCGAUUGCUGGUGAGCGUGUAAGACAUAGCUUCGACGCCGCCUGCGACACGGCCGCGCAGGUGGUCGUGGCGAGCGUGGAGCCAGACUCCGAGUGCGUCGAGGAGACCAUCCAGGAUAAUCUGCGGCAGUACUUGCCAUGGUUCACCAUCCUGCAGGUUUGUGCCUGCUUCGGGCUGUGGCUGGGGUACGCCUCGCAGACGAACCAGUAUGUGGUUCUUGCCGAGCACGUGUCGGUGGACGAUGUUUUUCUGGUCGGGAAGUUCUCGGGCAUCUCGAUUUACGAGUGCCACAUAGAGUGCAGCCAUUUAGGUGACGCCUGUUGGGGUGUGGCGUUCUUGCACGGGCCGGCCACUCAAUGCAAGCUGUUGUCGGCAGUUUCGAAGGAGGAGUACACCACUGGUUCUUGGAAUUGUGGCGACGCAGAGGGUUGUUGUAGGGAAGGCGCGUGGAACUGGCAGCUCUCCGAAAAGCAGCCACGGACCUUGGGCAGCCUGUUCGGGACCAUCGGUGGCCUCGAGACGGCCUUCCCUGGUCAGACUGCGCUUCAGAGUUUCAGGUACUGCGAGGAGGGGUUCGAGGCUAGCAUCUUCUGGAGACUCCUGUCCUACCAGUAUACCCAUAUAGAUGUGGGACACGUUGGCAGCAAUUGUCUAAUGCUCAUCCUGCUCGGGGUGCCCCUUGAGGGCUUUCAUGGCACAGGGCUGGCCGCUCUCAUGUAUACAAUCGGGGUCGCUGGUGGCGGUCUGGCCUGGAUGCUUCUUGACCCUUACACUGUGGCCGUGGGCGCGUCUGGUGGAGGAUACGCAUUGCUCGGUAUGCAUUUUGCAGACCUGGUCCUGAAUUGGAAGCAGAAGAAGUUCCGAUACUCAGAGGCCCUCUUGUUGGCGACCGUCAUGGCUGCCGAGACAGCCUGCUCAUUUCCCAGCGUCCAGGACGACACGUCCAGCACCGCACGCUCGGUGCAUGCUGGGGGCUUGGUUUCGGGCGUUCUCGUCGGCAUGGUUCUCACCCGCAACAUAGACAACAAGCGUUGGGAACUUGGGCUCCAGGGCUUCGCCCUUCUCGUGGGUACCGGGCUGGUCUGCUUCUGUCUGGCCUGGUGGUCCAGCAGUCCGCUCCCAGGCGUUCGCAGCCUAUGGAGCGGUGGCGAGGGGCCCUUGUGCUGGAUAGGGCAGGUUUGCACAAACACCGGCAACACUGGCUGCGACUACAACACUGGUUGGCAGUGCGUGGCCUGCAGCACGCGGGAGUGUGUCGAGAAUUGGUACAAAGACAUGUUUUACUUUUGCGUCACGAGGGGAAGUCCGACAACGUGUGACGGAAAUUUCGCCAACAUCGUUCACAAUUGCCAGAAUUGCUAA